AUGCAGAACAAUUACGAAUUGAAAACCCGAGACAGUAUAUGUCGACGGCGAGACGAAAUCCUGGAUUCUAUCCGAAGCAACAAUGUGUCGUCUUUCAGAAUUCACUUACAACGAAUCGAUAACAUAAAUCAGCAAUAUGAUACACAACAAUACAAAUCGAUUUUGGACAUUAUUUGCUCUGAAGGACGGUCUCAAAUUCUUGAAGCACUGCUUCAAUCCAGAGAUGAUUUAGAUAUAAAUCUGAUGAAUGAACAUCACAAAAAAUUCCCAAUACAUUUUGCUGUAGAAUCGAAAGAUUUAGACACAAUCAAAUUGCUGUUGAGGCAUCCUAAACUUGACACAGGCGUAAAAAGCAGGACCAAAGGUCUUAUAUCUUUUGCAAUGAAAUGUUUGAACGAAACUACUGAAAAUACACAAUAUGCUUUGAGUGUGUACGAAGAAAUUAUACAAGAGUUGUUACGAGCUGGAAUUGAUCCAUCAAUAGCGGAUAACAAAGGAAAUACUGCCAUUCACGAUGCAGCGAGACAAGGCCAAGAAAGCAUCGCCAAAAUUCUUCUUAAUCACGAACCAGAAAUGCUGCAACUAGAUGGAAGACCAAAUGCAUUAGGAAAAACCGGAAGACAAGCUAUCAUAGAAGCUUUCCCUCAUUUAUUAGACUAUCUACCAAAUGAAACAACUCCAAGAACACCAGAUAUAGAAUUACUAUGGCAAGAUUUACACAGACACGAUGAGACAUCUUUCCUAAACCAUUUUAGAAUUCUUCUAGCUCUGAGCGGAACAGAAAAGGAUAGACGAGCUUUAGUUAAUGCAAGUAAUAAUAAAGAAACAUUACUACAAGCCGCAAUUUCUAUAGGUUUACACGAAGUAAUACGUCGGCUAUUAGAUGCAGGAGCUGAUCCUGAUUUAUGCGAUCCAGGAAAUACAGCAUCGCCUGCAUUGUUGGCAUGCCGAAAUGGCGAUUAUAAAACUUUGAAGCUCUUAAUGAAUAAUAAACUUUGCACAUUACGUGGACCAUUGUUACAAGAAGUUGUCAAAGAAAUAGGGCGCGAACCUGGUCGACCAGAUUGCGAUUAUCGGCAAUGCCGAGACAUGCUUAUAAAUAGAAGUGAAAUUGAUAUUAACGGAAAAGAUAUAAAAGGUAGUACAGCUUUGCAUUACGCGGGACGAAAUCGUGAUGAUGAAACUGUUAUGAAGUUACUAUCAGCGGGUGCCUUUAUAGGUAGUCGAAAUCGCCUUGGGGAUCCAAGUAUCGCAGAUGUUUCUGCAGAUACAUUGGAGCGAUAUUUUGAUCAAUGUAUAGAAACAAAUGGUCAUAGACCUAGUGAAGAUACGUUCACAGUAACCAUUCAUUAUGAUUGUCUAGUUCCACCUACAAAAAAUACGGCACUAGGCAGUCGAAAUGAUAAUAACUCUGUGUCCCUUAUGAUGCAAGAGGAGGAGCAGAAGGAACCGGCGCGUUUCGCUGAAGAAAUGAGCGCGAUAUUGUAUAUGAGUGAGCAUGAAGAAUUAAGAAGACUUUUAAAGCACCCUGUGAUUUCGAGUUUUUUGUACUUAAAAUGGCACCGACUACGUUGUAUUUUUCGUACAAAUCUUACUUUAUAUUCGCUAUUUUGCACGUUCUUGAUAUUAUUUAUUCUUAUAGGUUACGGUAGGGAAAAUGAGGACCCAAAUGUACAUAACUUCUCACAAUGUUUAUGGCUUCUUACAAUUUUAGGUUUAAUGUUGCUAAUUAUACGUGAAGCUUUCCAAAUUAUCAUUUCACCCAAUAGAUAUUUUACAGCUUUUGAAAAUUAUUUAGAACUUGCAUUAAUCGGUGUAACAUCAGCUGUUUUAUUUUGCAAUAUAACAUCAGAAGCAAGCAGACAACAAUUGUCGGCAAUAGCCAUACUUUUAUCAGCGGCUGAACUAAUGUUACUUAUAGGUCAAUUACCAACAUUCUCCACUAAUGUCGUGAUGCUACGAACGGUUUCAUGGAAUUUUCUUAAAUUUUUAGUUCUUAAUUCGAUUUUAAUCAUAGCUUUUGCUUUGAGUUUUUACACUCUUUUUAGAGAAGAUCCAGAAAAUGUUGAUACAAAGUCAACCGAAGCCCCGAAAACCCAAGACAAUAAAAAUCAAGAGAAAAAAGAUGGUGAAGAACAAAAUUUCUUUUUACAUCCGGCAAUGGCUUUAUUCAAGACUAUAGUUAUGUUAACUGGAGAGUUCGAUGCCAGUUCUAUCAAUUUUGGAAUAUAUCCAGUCACAAGUCAUAUCAUAUUUGUAUUAUUUGUUUUCCUGAUUGCAAUUGUAUUAUUUAAUUUACUCAACGGAUUAGCAGUUAGCGACACUCAAGCUAUUAAAUCAGAUGCCCAACUUGUGGGAUUAGUGUGUAGAGCUCAAUUAUUAAAUUACUAUGAACAUGUGUUAAUGGGAGACAUAAACUUAUAUGGUCAACUAGUCCAUAAAUUUAAAUCUCUUUUAUGCUGCGUACCUCAAGAAACUAAAAAAUCAAAAUGCUUUCGACCUUUUGCAAAACAAAUUUGUCUUUUCCCUUGCUUUUUACCGCAGUAUAAAAUUGAUAUAAAAGUAAAUCAAGGAAACUGCAUUGAGAUUCCAACUGAAAGGCGGUCUUCGUCGAGUCAAAACAAUAAUAAAAAACCUUGUUGUAUAAAUCAUUGUUAUAAGUAUAAAAUGGAUUAUACAAUUGUUAAAUCUAUUAAAUGUAUAAUUUAUAGAUUAGAAAAUAAGAGCGAAUCGGAAUACGAAAUUAUUCAAAAAUUACAAAAUAGAAUGGAAGAAAUGGAUCAAAGAUUUAAAAAUAUUGAGAACUCUUUAUCUAACAUGAUAUCACUAAUAAAAGAAAUUCCACAAAUAUCACAUUAA